CUCCUCCUCCUCCGCCUCCGCCUCCUUCCGGACUGCCCUACCUGGCCGCGGCCGCCACUCGCGUCCGGAUCGCCCGGCAGGCAGGCAGGCAGGCACCAUGAACCCCGCGCGAGGGGGCUCCAUGCCGCCGCCCCCCAACGCCACCGCCUAUUUCCCCCCGCCGCGCGUCACCCUCCCGUCCGGCUUGGAGAUCCUGCGCACCUACUCGGGCGCCUUCAUCUGCCUGGAGAUCCUGCUUGGAGCCCUUGUCUGGAUUUUAGUCGCUGCAACCAACGUCCCUUUGCCACUCCUGCAGGGAUGGGUGAUGUUUGUGUCCGUGACUUCCUGUUUCAGUUCGCUGGGCUUCCUCUCCGUGUUUCUCUUCAGCUACAGGGAGAGAAUUGCAAUUGACUGGAACCGCUUGGAUUUUUUUUUCCACGCAGCUGUUUUCGUCUGUUAUUUUGGGACCUUUUUGUUGCAAGCAGCCACAACAUCUUUGCAUAGCCAUCCACUCAACUUCCGGGUCAACGCUACCACCUAUACUCCACUUCUAAAUGAGCACGAAUAUAACUUGAGCAUAGCAGCUGCUAUUUUUGCCUUUGUAACCACUGUAUGCUACGGGUGCAGCACAACCCUCGCUUUGAGAAGGUGGAAACUAUAGCACUGGAAGAGAGAAAACAUCUCCGUAGUAUCCCAUCGGUUUCGCGUAACAGCGCAGACGAUCAAAUGGUGAUACCGCUUGUCCUUCGAAACAGAGUGGCAUUCCAAAAAAAAAUUUAAUAAUAAUAUGUCUGGAAUAAAUGUAUAUUUUUCUAAAAUGUUGAUAUACAGAUAA